CAAAGCCAAAAAUUUACAAAGAUUGACGGAAAAAUGGAUUACAUUUGGUGGCUAUCGGUGACCUAGCCCAGCGCUCCCACCCAACCAUGGGUGCGCUCGAGGUGCUGCAGGGCACCACCCAUACUCAGUCGGCAGGAGCCCCUUCCUCGCGACUACGGCGGUUCCAUCUCCCCCACUGGGAAUGUUUACUCACACAUUGUGGGUUUUACAAAGGUUUAAUAAAUAUCCCUUUAGGACCGAAACCUGGCCGCCGUCUUCAACAUUUACGCGGUCAAAGCAGAGGAUUGGUUUUGCUGGAAAAGGGUAAAGGCGCCGCGGAAACUAUGCUCUACCAGUCAUGUAUUGGUAGAGCUCGCAUGGAAACGCGGCCCUCAAAGGAACAUACGCGAUGCGCGUGUGUAUGGUCACCUAAUCCUGAGGAGCUCCAAGGGAAAAGAAGGGACAGGCCGAAAAGGCAAACAACGAGGACAAAUAAGGCUCUCGGGACUAACUCCGGAUAAAUUCACAAACAGGGAAGUAGAUAUCAAUACAUACAGGGUUGCCCAUACUCGACGGACCCAUGUUUUUUUUUUUUAAAUCAAAGAAAAAAAUACAAAUUUGGCGGUUGGCAAUCUUAAUCAUUUAGUUUGUUCCAAGUAGAUUCGUUUACAUCAAUUUUUGAAUAUGAUAUCUUUCAAAUGGCCGCCUCUGGCGUUGAUGGCGUAUUGUGCCCUUUUUGCAGCAUUUUCCAUCGUUUUCGCCGACAUUUCGGUCGGAAUAGCGGCUAUUUCUUCACGAAUGUUGUCCUUGAGCUCUUCUAGGGUCCUUGGCUUGUUAACGUAAACUUUUGACUUCAAAUAUCCCCACAAGAAGAAGUCAGGCGGCGUCAAAUCGGGCGAACGCGGUGGCCAGUCCAAAUCACCACUUUUCGACAUGUUCUUGGGGACAUCUCAACACUGGCUCGUACGGCAGCGAUAUUCUCGUCCGAUCGCCUUGGUCGACUUUUAUUUGGCCUCUUCGGAUUAGAAAGAGCCUCACCAGUCGUAAAUUUUUCGUAUAAACGCUUAAUGGUGUUCUUAGAAGGCGCACUUUUCACAUUUUUUAAUUUUUUAAAAGCACGUUGAGUUUUCACAAUUGACUUGUUCUGUUGAAUGUAAAUUUCAACUAUUUCAGAGCGCUUGCGUGGCGUGUAUUGUUCCAUCGUAAAAAUCUGCUUGGACUGACGCUUCAAACGCGGUAUGUCAUUAAGCGAUCUGGCAUCUCUGUCAAAAGUUAUGGCGUCGUCAGAUGGGUCCGUCG